AUGCCGCCACCGAUCGCCGCCGACGACGUGCUCACAGCCGAGCAGUGGGUGCCGUUCUCGGAGCGCGCGUCCUGUGCGUCGUGCGCCCAUGGCUUUACGGUCUUUCGCCAAAAGCACAACUGUCAAAGGUGCGGCGAAGUCGUGUGCGGGCACUGCCUUGUGCCGCGCCGCGCCGAAGCCCUCGACACGUCGUUCGAGGUGCGUAUCUGCAUUGACUGCAUUUCGGUUUGCGAAAAGCACGUGCACCAAAGCGCGUCGUGCUUUGUGUGCACCCGUCGCUUCUCCCUCCUUCGGCGCAAGUACCGCUGCGACGAGUGCGGCGAAGGCGUCUGCAAGAAAUGCCACGUGACCAAGCGCGACCAUAGCACCUCGCGCGCCGUGCGUCAAGCCCGCGUCUGCACCAAUUGCAUGCUGCGCGAGACACCACCCAAAGUACAAUCGUCGUCGAACGUCGUGUCCCUUCUCGAUUUGUCGGCGCCACACACCUCGGGCGAUGUGCCGCUGCCGCCAGACGAAGAGGCGCGGCUUCACGUCCUUGCGAGCUACGGACUACUCGAUACGCCCCACGAGGCUGCGCUUGACGUUGACUGCAAGCUCGCGCGGAAGCUCAUGCGGUGCCCCAUGGCUGGGCUGAGCCUCAUGAGCCGCGACCGCCAGUGGUACAAAGCGCGCUGCGGCUUUGACGAGACGGAGUUGCCGCGAGCUGUCGCGUUUGGCGCCUACGUUGUCGCGACCAAAGCCCCUCUCGUCGUGCUAGAUACGCUCGACGACGACCGGUUCCGAGAGAAUCCGAUCGUGACGGGUCCGGCCAAGGUGCGCUUCUACGCCGGGGCGCCGAUUCUGGCGCCGAGUGGCCAUGCCAUUGGGACGGUGUUUGUCUUGGACACGGAGCCCCGCGCCUCGUGCAACGUUGAGCCUCUUCAGCAGCUCGCUGCUGUCGCGAUGGCCAACAUCGAGCGUCACAAGCCAACCGACCGGUAGGAC